CCGAGCGGGCGGGCGGCCAUUUUGUGAAGCGCAGCGGAGGUGUUGGCUGUAGUGGGCGCCGGGAAGCCCUUCGGGCUGGAACUGUCAGCCGCGGGGCAGAGGCACUCGCGCGGGGGGUAACUCGGGUCUGGGUUCUGGUGCCGCGCAAGCUCUCCUCGUCUAAAAGUUGGUUUUAAUUGGUUGCCCACAGGAUUGACUUGGCCUCUUCUUCUUAAGAAAAUACAUCUCUUGUUUUACAAGGUGUGUGUGGUUUCAGCGCAGCAUGGCUGUGGUCAUCCGUUUGCAAGGUCUCCCAAUUGUAGCGGGGACCAUGGACAUUCGCCACUUCUUCUCUGGAUUGACCAUCCCUGAUGGGGGCGUGCAUAUUGUAGGGGGUGAACUGGGUGAGGCUUUCAUCGUUUUUGCCACUGAUGAAGAUGCAAGGCUUGGUAUGAUGCGCACAGGUGGUACAAUUAAAGGGUCAAAAGUAACACUGUUGUUGAGUAGUAAAACAGAAAUGCAGAAUAUGAUUGAACUGAGUCGUAGGCGUUUUGAAACUGCCAACUUAGAUAUACCACCAGCAAAUGCUAGUAGAUCAGGACCACCACCUAGCUCUGGAAUGAGCAGCAGGGUAAAUUUGCCUACAACAGUACCCAACUUUAAUAAUCCUUCACCAAGUGUAGUUACUGCUACCACUUCUGUUCAUGAGAGCAACAAAAACAUACAGACAUUUUCCACAGCCAGCGUAGGAACUGCACCUCCAAGCAUGGGGGCUUCUUUUGGUAGUCCAACGUUCAGCUCAACCAUUCCGAGUACAGCUUCUCCAAUGAACACAGUCCCACCACCACCAAUUCCUCCAAUCCCAGCAAUGCCAUCUUUGCCACCGCUGCCAUCCAUUCCUCCAAUACCAGUUCCUCCUCCAGUACCUACAUUGCCUCCUGUGCCUCCAGUUCCCCCUAUCCCCCCUGUCCCUUCUGUGCCACCCAUGACCCCAUUGCCACCCAUGUCAGGCAUGCCACCCUUGAAUCCACCACCCGUGGCACCUCUACCUGCUGGAAUGAAUGGCUCUGGAGCACCUAUGAGUCUGAACAAUAAUCUGAACCCUAUGUUUCUGGGUCCACUAAAUCCUGUUAACCCUAUCCAGAUGAACUCUCAAAGCAACGUGAAGUCACUUCCCAUCAACCCUGAUGAUCUGUAUGUGAGUGUGCAUGGAAUGCCCUUUUCUGCAAUGGAAAAUGAUGUCAGAGAGUUUUUCCAUGGGCUCCGUGUUGAUGCAGUACAUUUGUUAAAAGAUCAUGUAGGUCGAAAUAAUGGGAAUGGAUUGGUUAAGUUUCUCUCCCCUCAAGAUACGUUUGAAGCCUUGAAACGGAACAGAAUGCUGAUGAUUCAACGCUAUGUGGAAGUUAGUCCUGCCACAGAGAGACAGUGGGUAGCUGCUGGAGGUCAUAUCACUUUUAAGCAAAGUAUGGGACCUUCUGGACAAGCCCAUCCCCCUCCACAGACACUUCCAAGGUCGAAAUCGCCCAGUGGGCAGAAAAGGUCAAGGUCAAGAUCACCACAUGAGGCUGGUUUUUGUGUUUACUUAAAAGGGCUACCAUUUGAAGCAGAAAACAAACAUGUCAUUGAUUUUUUUAAGAAGUUGGAUAUUGUAGAGGAUAGUAUUUAUAUAGCUUAUGGACCCAAUGGGAAAGCAACUGGUGAAGGCUUUGUAGAAUUCAGGAAUGAGACUGACUAUAAGGCUGCUCUGUGUCGUCAUAAACAAUACAUGGGCAAUCGCUUUAUUCAAGUUCAUCCAAUUACUAAGAAAGGUAUGCUAGAAAAGAUAGAUAUGAUUCGAAAACGACUCCAGAACUUCAGCUAUGACCAGAGGGAAGUGGUGUUAAAUCCAGAGGGGGAUGUCAACUCUGCCAAGGUCUGUGCCCACAUAACAAAUAUUCCAUUCAGCAUUACCAAGAUGGACGUUCUUCAGUUCCUAGAAGGAAUUCCAGUGGAUGAAAAUGCUGUACAUGUUCUUGUUGAUAACAAUGGGCAAGGUCUAGGGCAGGCAUUGGUUCAGUUUAAAAGUGAAGAUGAUGCACGUAAAUCUGAACACUUACACCGUAAAAAACUGAAUGGGAGAGAAGCUUUUGUUCAUAUAGUUACCCUAGAAGAUAUGAGAGAGAUUGAGAAAAAUCCCCCAGCCCAAGGAAAAAAGGGGUUAAAGAUGCCUGUGCCAGGUAAUCCUGCAGUACCAGUAAUACCUAGUGCAGGGAUGCCAGCUGCUGGAAUUCCUGCUGCUGGAAUACCGGGUGCUGGGAUGCCAGGUGCUGGAAUGCCUAGUGCGGGCAUGCCGGCUGCUGGAAUCCCUGGUGCCGGAAUGCCCGGUACUGGAAUGCCUGGUGCCGGAACACCUGGUACUGGAAUGCCCGGUGCCGGAAUCCCCGGUGCUGGAAUCCCUGGUGCCGGAAUCCCCGGUGCUGGAAUCCCUGGUGCUGGAAUGCCGGGUCCUGCAAUACCUGGCCCUGCAAUACCUAGUGCCACAAUUCCUGGUGCCGCAAUCCCUGGUCCCACAAUGCCUGGUGCUGGCAUCCCCAGUGCAGGAGGUGAAGAGCAUGUCUUCUUGACUGUAGGAACAAAGGAGGCCAAUAAUGGGCCUCCCUUUAACUUCCCUGCCAAUUUUGGUGGGUCCAAUGCCUUUGGACCACCACUCCCUCCUCCGGGGUUAGGAGCGGCCUUUGGUGAUGUUAGGCCUGUUAUGCCUUCAGUUGGAAACAGUGGUUUGCCUGGUCUAGGAUUGGAAGUUCCAGGUUUUGGAGGUGGACCAAAUAGUUUAAGUGGACCAUCAGGAUUUGGGGGGGUUCCUCAGAAUUUUGGAAAUGGCCCUGGUAGUUUAGGUGCCCCCCCUGCUUUUGGAAGUGGUCCUCCUGGUCUUGGAAGUGUUCCUGGGCAUUUGAGUGGGCCUCCAGCCUUUGGCCCUGGCCCUGGGCCUGGCCCAAUUCAUAUUGGUGGUCCCCCUGGCUUUGGAGCUAGUUCUGGCAAACCAGGGCCUACAAUAAUUAAGGUGCAAAAUAUGCCCUUCACUGUAUCUAUUGAUGAGAUUUUAGAUUUCUUUUAUGGUUAUCAAGUAAUCCCAGGUUCAGUAUGUUUAAAGUACAAUGAAAAAGGUAUGCCUACAGGUGAAGCCAUGGUGGCCUUUGAAUCUCGGGAUGAAGCCACAGCUGCUGUCAUUGACUUAAAUGAUAGGCCAAUAGGUUCAAGAAAAGUAAAACUCAUGGCCUGCUGUGUGACCUUGGUUCAGCUGUCCAUUUCCUGUGAACAUCUCACUGACAAGGACAUCGGCUCCAAAUCUGAUCCACUCUGCGUCCUUUUGCAGGAUGUGGGAGGGGGCAUCUAGGCUGAGCUUUGCCGGACUGAGUGUGUUCGGAACUGUUCAAGCCCUGAGUUCUCCAGGACUCUGUAGAUUGAGUACCAUUUCGAGACAGUCCAGAAGCUAUGUUUUAGAAUCUAUGACAUAGAACCAGAGCUGGGGGAUGAUGACUUCCUAGGGGGAGCUGAGUGUUCCCUGGGUCAGAUUGUGUCCAGCCAAACACUCACUCUCCCCUUGAUGUUGAAGCCUGGAAAACCUGCUGGGCAGGGAACUAUCACGGUCUCAGCUCAGGAGCUGAAGGACAGUCGUAUAGUAACCAUGGAAGUGGAAGCUAGGAACCUAGAUAAGAAGGACUUACUUGGAAAAUCAGAUCCAUUCCUGGAGUUUUUCCACCAACGUGAUGGAAAGUGGCACUUGACAUACAGGUCUAAUGUGAUCAAGAACAACCUGAACCCUACAUGGGAGUGCUUCUCAGUUCCUCUCCUGCAUUUCUGUGGUGGUGACCCCAGCAUACCCAUCCAGGUACACUGCUCAGACUAUGACAGCAACGGGUCACAUGAUCUCAUUGGUACCUUCCACACCACCCUGGCCCAGCUGCAAGCAGUCCCGGCUGAGUUUGAAUGUAUCCACCCUGAGAAGCAGAAGAAAAAGAAAAGCUACAAGAACUCUGGAAUUAUCUGUGUCAAGACUUGUAGGGUAGAAACAGAGUAUUCCUUCCUGGACUAUGUGAUGGGAGGCUGCCAAAUCAACUUCACUGUGGGUGUGGACUUCAGUGGCUCCAAUGGAGACCCAUCUUCACCUGACUCCCUGCACUAUCUGAGUCCUAUGGGAGUCAACGAGUAUCUGACAGCACUGUGGAGUGUGGGCAGCGUGGUUCAGGACUACGACUCGGACAAGCUGUUUCCAGCAUUUGGGUUUGGAGCCCAGGUGCCCCCAGAUUGGCAGGUCUCACAUGAAUUUGCCUUGAACUUCAAUCCCAAUAAUCCCUAUUGUGCAGGCAUCCAGGGCAUUGUGGAUGCCUACCGACAAGCAUUGCCCCAAGUUCACCUCUAUGGACCCACCAACUUUGCACCAAUCAUCAACCACGUGACCAGGUUUGCAGCCCAGGCUGCACAGCAGAGGACUGCUUCGUUGAGAGCUCAAUACUUUGUGCUGUUGCUCUUGACUGAUGGAGCUGCGACAGAUGUGGAGGCCACACGUGAGGCUGUGGUGCAAGCCUCAAAGCUGCCCAUGUCCGUGAUAAUUGUAGGUGUGGGUGGUGCUGACUUUGAAGCCAUGGAACAGCUGGAUGCUGAUGGGCCUCUUCGUACUCGCCAUGGAGAGGCAGCUGCCCGGGACAUAGUACAGUUUGUGCCUUACCGCCGAUUUCAGAAUGCCCCACGGGAGGCAUUGGCACAGACUGUGCUUGCAGAAGUGCCCACUCAGCUGGUAUCCUACUUCAGGGCUCAAGGUUGGGCCCCAUUAAAGACACCUCCAUUCCCAGGCAAGGGUCCUGUGCAGGUCCUUCAGGCCUAGGUUCCCUUGGAAUGUAGGGUAUAACCAGUCCUCAGGAAGCUCCUGUGGGCCUGGACAGGGACCAAGCCUGCACAUUCCUCAUUGCUAGCACUUUUACUUUGUACUUGCUUCUUGCAGCAGCUCUUGAUCUACCUGCGUAGCUCUAGUAGACUAGAAGAUCACCUCUGGGCCACCUCUGUGUAAAUUGGGGGGAUGGGCUAAUAUAACUUGCUUACUUUGACAUUCUGAGUCUCUGAUGACCUUGGGGGUUGUUGAGGAGGAUCCCUUUGUCUAAUAGCCCCAUCCGAAUAAAUUGGGUAUUCCUGGCCAGACAUGUAUUCACUUCAUAAAUAGACUCCCUUGCUUUUUAAAGCAAGCAUCUCUUCCCUCAGAAGAGCUUGCAGAAGGUGAGAGGACAAAUUUUGUGUAAUGAACAGUGCUCCAUCCUCUCGAAAGUCUGACAGCUUUUGAUUUUUUUAUUUUUACUUUUUUUUUUUUUGAAACAGAGUUUCCCUGUAGCCUCAGCUGGCCUGGAGCUUGCUUUGUAGAUCUCACAACAGAGAUCCACCUGCCCCUGCCUCCCCAAGUGCUGGAAUUAAAGGCAUGUGCCACUAUGUCCAGCUUAAUUUUUAUUAUUAGAGAUUUACAAUGUAUAUUCAGUGAAGAAGAACUUUAACCAUGUUGUCCAGCCAGGCUUCAAAUUCUUUGGACUCAAGUGAUCUUCACUGAUGGAGUAGGAACUGCUCAUGCACACCAGGCCCAGUUUAGAUUUGUUUUGCAUAGAGGGAGGGAGGGAGGGGAGGUUUUAAAUGUAGUGAAAUACAUUUCACUCAAACUCUUGUCCUCCUGAAACAUAUUUGGUAUAUAUCUUUUUGUGAGUUAUGCAUACUUACACAUACUGCUUAAUGCAUGUUUAAAAAUGUUUAAUACUUGAAACCUCUUGUAUUUUUGUUUGAAGUACUAGUGUCAUAUGUCAUAGGUAAUGGAACCAAGCAUGGUGGCUCAUGUCUGUAAUCCCAGCACUUAGAAAUCUUAAACAGGAGGAUUGCUGUGAGUUCAAGGUUAACUUUGGUUAUACAAUGAGUUUCGGGCCAGCCAAAACAAAUUAAAAAAAAAAAAAAAAAAAGCAUCAUACAUGCAUUUGUACCUUGUUUUCAUUUAUUUCGACUUGUCUUACCCAUCAGAACUUACUGCCUUAACACAUUCUUUUUCAUGUCUAUAUAUUCUCUUGUAUGAAUAUACCAAAAUUUACUCAAUCCCUUAUUUAUGGACAUUUACUUUGUUCUAUGUCCUGGGCUAUUUUUGAAGGACUGGUUUCUAGAUAUGGAAAUGAUAGAUCAAAGAGUAUAAUUACAGAGUACCUUCUAUAGAAAAGUUAUGGUCACACUCCUCCCAUUUGUUAAUCUGACAGGUCCUCCUCCCCAAGAUCUCAAUUUUGAGUUUAUUUAAGUGUGAAGGGUAGGUGUCAUUUCAUACCUUCAGUUGAGGGCUGUGUUCCUUCUCAGUAGCCUAUUCAUAGGCUGCAUGUGUCAUCGUCUCUAUUGUUAUCCUCUUCAACAUCUUUUUAUAUAUUUUUGUAUAUAACUCAGUAUGCAAAUUUUAUAUUUUCAUAUAUGCUAAUCAAAUGUGCCUUUAUAAACUGUCCACAUAUCAGUGACAAUAAAUGCUCCUUCAGUUAC